AUGGCUGCUUAUCAACGUGUCACGUCAGGCGGUGGCCCGGGCGGCGGUAGUAACGGGAGUUACGGAGGUCUUCCCCCACCCACCAGCCAGUCACCGCCGCUCCAGGGUCAUCAGCAGCAGCAGCAAAGUCUACACCAACAGCCAAGCGGCAACAAUUAUAGCGCCCGCUUUCCCAGCCAGUAUUUCCCACCACCCCAGUCGCCCACCAACGAGGCCGGCGAUCCAGCAGGGAACCCAUUCAUCGACCACGGGCCAAGCGGUUCGCGGUCCCGAAGCAGCACCGUCGGCCAGAGCCAGAACUACCCCAUCACCGUCGUGCCGCCGCCGAUGCCGUCGAUGGGGAACUCGCCGCCCUCGCAGGGCGUUCAGCCUCUCUUCGCGCAACAUUCAGGCCACGCAGGAGCAGGAGGCAUGUCCUCGUCAUCGUCGCGGCCUGUGUCUAGAGGCGGCGGUGGCGCUGUCCCUAGCUCUGGCCCUAUGCCUUCCAUGCCUUCCACGAACGGUGGUGGACCCAGCGCACGGCCCACGAGCGCCAAAUCCCCCUUCUCCACGCCCAUCACGUCGCCGCCACGCGGCCGCCCGCACCAGAUCCUCCUGAUCAACCCGAACUCGUCGCGCUCCAUGACCGAGACGAUGCUGCAUAGCUUGCGGCCCAACUUGCCCCCGAACGUCGAACUGACGGGGUACACGGCACCCUACCCUGCGCCGACGGCAAUUGAGUCGACGACGGACGCCAUCAUGUCGACCGAGGCCGUUCUGCGCGAUCUGGCCAAGCACGCGGCCCCCAACGGCGAGACGGUGCAGAACUACGACGGCCUGCUCGUGGCGUGCUUCUCAAAGCAUCCCUUGAUCGACGCGCUGCGCGAGUCCUACGACGUCCCCGUCAUCGGGAUCAUGGAGGCGAGCGUGUACGUCGCGCGCAUGCUGGGCGGGCGGUUCGGCAUCGUCGCCACCGCCCAGCGCAGCCGCAUCAAGCAGGACGACGACAUCGCCGCGUACGGCAUGACUCACUUCUACGUCGGGUCCGAGGCCACGCACCUGGGCGUGCUCGAGCUGGAAUCCCGGCCCAAGGAGGAAGUCGCCAAACGCGUCGCCCACUGCGCGAGGGCGCUCGUCAUGAAGGGCGCGGAUACGAUCCUGCUCGGGUGUGCCGGGAUGACGGAGAUGAUGCGCGCGGCCAAAGAUGCUGUGCGUGAUGAGGAUGGGCGGCGUACCGUCAAUGUCGUGGACAGUGUCGAGGCGGGCGUCAUGGUCAUGAACAGUUUGAUUGGCAUGGGCAUCCCCACGAGUAAGAAGGGUUUGUAUAAGGGGGAGAAGGAGGCGAGGAGGACGAGGGGGCAGAAUUGGUUGUAG